CAGCGAAAAACAACAUCAAACGGGAUAAGAUGUUUACAUGCCACAGUAUCCCAUCUAGAAUCAACAUAUCCCAGGCAUCUUGUCCUGGUUUCACAUAACCGGGAUACAAGCUUUUUCGGGUUAUUGUAAACMGGAUAUGAUGUUUAUAUGCAUCAACUCAAAAACAGAAUACUUAAGUAUCCCGAAUAAUAACGGGAUAUUGGUGUGCAUGUAAACGUGGUCACUGACUGGUCAAGGGAGUAGUCCUGGUUUAAUCGGACUAUAAGACUUUAAACCUCGUAUGAAAGAUACUUAGACCUAUUAAUAGCMACUCGAUCUGUAUCACUGCUUGUGCUAAAACAACAUUUAAAGCAACCCAGUUCAAGAAGACGAGCCAGACUCGAUAAGCUCAUGAUUUACCAGGCUAAAAUGUAAUUGUCUUGUCUGGGGUGGUCAAAUWAUUUUGGCAACAACAGCUGAUAAGAUGUGGAAAGAAUUGAAGAAAAACCAGCUAGUCAAGUACGGCGCUGUGACCACAGUGACAACCAUCAGCUAUGUUUUACUGAGAAAGUGGAUCGCCGGUGGGAUAUGCCGCAGCCGUGCCAAGCUGCAUGGAAGGACUGUGGUGAUCACUGGUGCCAACACUGGUAUCGGCAAGGAGACGGCCUGGGAUAUGGCCAUGAGAGGAGCCCGGGUGAUCAUGGCUUGCCGAGACCUUACCAGGGGAGAGGCCGCUGCAACAGAGAUCCGCAGUUCUACUGGAAAUACUAACGUGGUGGUGCAACAACUAAACCUGGCCUCCCUCGGGUCAGUACGACAGUUUGCCAGGGAAUUCAUUGCCACGGAGACCCGUCUGGACAUACUUAUCAACAACGCAGGUAUAAUGCUAUGUCCCAAAAGUUUCACAGUGGACGGGUUUGAGAGUCAAUUUGCUGUCAAUCACCUAGGUCACUUCCUAUUGACCAAUCUGCUCCUGGACAUGCUGAAAGCCUCUACCCCCAGCCGCGUCGUCAUUGUGUCUAGCAUCGCUCAUCAAGGCGGGAAAAUCCACUAUGAUGACCUUAACUUUGAUAAGAAGGGGUACAACUCAGUAAUUGCCUACAAGCAGAGCAAACUGGCCAACCUCCUCUUCUCUAGGGAGCUGGCACGAAGGACCAAAGGUACUGGAGUGACGUCGUAUUCCCUGCACCCCGGGGUUAUCCGGACAGAGCUGUGGCGCCACUCMCAGUCAAAGUACCCSACGCUGAGUUCCAUGCUGUCAGCSCCUGCCUGGCUCCUGAUGAAGACCCCCAGGGAGGGUGCCCAGACCACCAUCUACUGCGCCGUCAKUGAGGGGCUGGAGGAGAAGAGCGGCUACUACUUCAGUGACUGUCAGGUAAAGGAGCCAGCUCRUGAGGGGAGAGAUGAUCUUGCAGCACUGAGACUAUGGGYCGUUAGCGCCGGGCUUGUGGGACUCAAUUAGAACAACUGAACAACUCGCCUGAACAACUUGCAACACGGUGCCACUCCCAACCCCACCUGCCAGAACACCCCGGAUACAGAAUUUUUUU